CUACGGUGGAGAGGACGCGCUUAGUUAAAACACAGGAUAGCGAUGAGCGAGUCGACGAGCGUGGUUCUGCCGAACGGCCGGUGUGCACCUAUCGUCGGCUUUGGCACCUGGCAGGCAUCUGAGGAAGAAUUGGAAGCUGCUAUAGAUAACGCUAUAGAAGCUGGUUACAGACACAUUGAUGCAGCUCCAGUUUACCUGAAUGAACACGUGAUUGGAAGAGUUCUGAAGAAAUGGUUCGACUCUGGCAAAAUAAAGAGAGAAGAUUUGUUUAUAGUCACAAAACUACCUCCAACUGGAAACAGACCCGAGAGCGUUGAAAAAUACUUAAAAAAGUCUUUAAAAGACUUACAAUUGGAAUACUUGGAUCUCUAUUUGAUUCACACGCCGUUUGGUUUUGUCGAAGAGGGAGACGACUUGCACCCUAAAUAUGAAAACGGCGACAUGAAAAUGGAUAUGGACACAGAUCAUCUUGCUGUAUGGGCAGAAAUGGAGAAGCAGGUAGUAAAUGGCUUGACUAAAGCAAUAGGAUUGUCAAACUUCAACUCAAAACAAAUAGACAGAGUACUGAAAGCUGCCAAAGUACCAGUCUCGAUGUUGCAGAUUGAAUUGCAUUUAUACUUUCAACAGAAAGAAAUGGUUGAUUUCUGUAAGAGCAGAGAUGUUCCUAUAACAGCCUUUUCACCGCUUGGAACAAGAGGUUUGGUACAACUGUUGGGCAAAAAUGACACUCUUCCUGACUGUAUGGCAAACCCAAAAGUUUUGGAAAUAGCAAAGAAGCACAGUAAAACACCAGCACAAAUUUCAUUGAAGCAUUUGAUCCAAAAGGGUGUCAUUGUGAUUCCUAAGAGUACUAACCCACAACGUAUAAAAGAUAACAUUCAAUUGUUCGGUUGGAUGCUCGAUGCUGAGGAUGUCGCAGAACUUGAUAAUUUGGACCAAGGUGCAAAAGGGCGUAUCUGUGACUUUUCAUUUUUGCCCGGAACAAACAAGCAUCCGGAGUUCCCAUUCAAAUAAAUUUUAUCAAUAUCUCACUAAGGUGUUCAAAUAGAGUAAUUGAUUUCAGUACUGUAUUUGAAUUACAAGUUAUUACAACCCAUGUACUUCGUAAACAAUAAUGCUUUUAUAACCUUAAAAUU